CCCCCUGCUUCGUCCUCAGCCGUGUGUGACCACACACGCGUUUCCUCGGCUCCUGCGCCUCCGGAGCGCUCUGCCUUGCCGGUGACAUCACGCGUUGACGUCGCCGAGCUAUAGAUGGAGCUGUGGAGCGCGGCAGCGGGAGACCCCGGCUGCGAGCGGCUUGUUGAUAUUCCCAAUGACCUGCCUGCGCUUCCCAGAGAAGAGGGCAAAGCCGGGGAGCGUGGUGAUGAUCCGGCCUCCGCCAGCGUAACCGGAGACCCCCGGGGCGAGACUCGGAGAGCGCGGCGGCGCGGCGGCGGCGAGAGGAGAGAGGCGGAGGACUGGGGAGGCAACCGGAGGCUGUAGCUCCAGGCGAGGGGGAGAGCGACGAGCGAGAUCGGGGAGGAGUGGUGGUGGUGGUGGGGGGGGGAGAACCCCCAUAACACAGUUUCUGCUCCUGUGAGAGAACACCCCCCUUCCCCUUCUCUCUCCAUCAGAGGAAUCGCCGCUUACAAAUAACACCCCGAGUCCGCGGGGUGGAAACUCCGGAGGCACCGCCGCCAGAGACGCACAGACCUCCAGAAAUGAAGAAGAGCGCUUCGGCGAAGCGGGGGCCUCCGGACGCCAACCAGCCGCCCUCGCAGCCGGAGAAAAUCGGCUGGAUCCGCAAGUUCUGCGGCCGGGGGAUCUUCCGGGAGAUCUGGAGGAACCGUUACGUGGUGCUGAAAGGCGACCAGCUCUACAUCUCCGAGAAAGAGGUGAAGGAUGAGAAGAAGAUCCAGGAGGUGUUUGACCUGACGGACUAUGAGAAAUCGGAGGAGCUGCGCAAGUCCAAGAGUCGCAGCAAGAAGAACCACAGCAAGUUCACGCUGCUGCGCUGCAGGCAGCCGGGGAACACGGUCCCAAAUCUGGUAUUCCUGGCAGUCAGUCCGGAGGAGAAGGAGUCCUGGAUCAAUGCUCUGAACGGGGCAAUAACAAGGGCCAAGAACCGCAUUCUCGAUGAGGCAUCGACCUCCACCUCAGACGGCAUGCUGACCCUCGACCUCAUCCAGGAAGAGGACUCCUCCUCGCCGGAGGGGCCGCCGGGCACGUGCGAGAAGAGCUUCCGGGUCGACCUGGACAAGUCGGUGUCCCAGCUGGCAGCGGGCCGCCGCCGUUCGGAAACGGAGGGCCCCCAGCCCCCCGGGCCCGGCGGGGCAGGCGAGGGCAAGGCGGAGAGCCCGUCCCGCCGGAAGGAGACCUCCUGGGAGCGGCAGAAGCCGGAGAAGGGGGAGCGGGGGCCCGCCGGGGCCCGCACCCCGCAGGUGGCCCGCAGGCCCGGCCUGGCAGGGAAGAGCAAGUGUGCCUCCAUGGAGGAGAUCCUGUCCGAGGGCGGCUCGCGGGCCUCCCCGAACUCCGCCCCGCCCCAGGUCCAGCAGCUCCAGGACCUCAUCGCCCAGAAACUGGAGAGAACGCGGGAGCUGCUGGCGGAGACCCGGGACCGCCGGGGGAAGGACAAGGGUCCGGACUCGGAGGGGGGCCGGGCCGAGGCCGAGCAGCUGCUGCAGGAGGCGGCGGCCGCGUGGGGGCAGGCCCGCGACGUGCUGCAGGAGGUGAAGGAACUGCGGGCCCUGUGCCAGCGGCUGGACCCGAACCCCUCGCCCGCGCCCCUGUCCCCCUCGCAGCUCAAGAGCCCCCAGCAGUCUCAGUACAGGAAGAGCAUGAUGUGACCCCCCCGGGGGACCCGAACAGAGUCGCUUUGCUCCUGUCCCCCACUUUGACGCGCAGACGAAACGUCCAACCCCCCCCAGGCCCGAUCGCUACAGGGUCCUACUGUGACCCCCUUGUCCCCUCCCUCGCCCCCUGUUCGCUUCGAGGGGACGCCCCCUGGUGGCAGCAGCUGGCGCCUGUCCUCUGCAGUCCCUCCCGGUUUUCUGGGGUUUUCCUGUUGUUGUUGUUUUU